AGAGACUUUCCGUGUUUAAAAGUCGACUGGAUACUGAGGGUGGCCACGUUGAUCUCUGCAGGGUUACUCCCGGGAACUGAACUCACGUUCACCUGUAAUUGUGUCCGUAGUUCACUAGACUACCCUCCCCGCCAAACCGAAGCUCCUCUAAAGCUCACCCAAGCUCUGGUCCUGCAGAAACGUGCCUCGUGGUAAUCUGUGACGGGCAAUUAUACUGCACUUCAUUGCCAGCUGCGGGCCCUGAAAUCUGAGAUCCUCCAUCUUUUCGUGUUUUCUACAGAAAGUUGUCUUACGCAGGCCGUUGGAACUUCGUUGGAGAAAUUACCAGUUCCUCCUUUUUCGUUUGGCCAAAUGCUUGUUUAUGGAGUGUCUUUUUGUGUGCUGAACUCUAGAGCUGGUGCUGGCAAUGCAGAGAUAAGUUAUGUAUGUUCCUGAUUUUAGAGGAGCUUUGGUUUGGUGGGGACGGUAGUCUGGUGAACUGUGGACACAAUUACAGGUGUAUGAGUAGGGAGAAAAGGCUAGGAGCGGAGCUCGAGAGUCCAAGAGGUAAGGGGCGGGCCAGGGGAUCAUCUGGACUUUAUGAAUGAUUGAUGGAGUGAACCGGAGGGGAGACUUUACAAGUGACUUGAUUGCCAAAUCCAUUGCACUCGGUGAGUGGUGGCGACGACGUUGCCGGAUGUUGUGCUCUGCCGCUGAGCUAUACAGCCGGAGACUAGGAAAGCUGUUAGAAGAGGGACCCUGGGAGAGACUUUCGCAGGUGUUGAAUAUCCAAUGCCUGUAUUUCAGCCUGUAACUCACAUGGGAGGUCUAAACUGGAAAUAUCUAAAGACACCUUACUGUAUUCGUGGAAGCUCAGAGUGUGACCAACUAGAACCCUCAAGAGGACCGAGAUUUGCCAGUUUUUCAGUUGGGCAUAUACAGAAACAGACUCCAUUUCUGAAUUUCCCUGCUGUUCCCUCCCAGCCCCCACUCUUUGCUGUUGCUUAGAAUGCAGAUGUGAUGACUAGAGCCAUCUUAGACUGGGUUGCCCUGGAAGUGGAAGCCGUGUAAGGUGGAGCAGAGAUGGAAGCCCCAGACCAAUUGCCUUCAGACUCCUGGAUUAUUGUCGUUCAAGGAUAUAUCUAUGGAAUUCACCUGGGAUGAAUGGCAGCUACUGGAUUCUACACAGAAGUACCUAUACAGAGAUGUGAUACUGGAGAACUAUCAUAACCUGUUAUCAGUGGGGUAUCAUGGUACCAAGCCUGACUUAAUCUUCAAGUUGGAACAAGGAGAAGAUCCAUGGAUAAUAAAUGCCAAAAUUUCCAGGCAGAGCUGUCCAGAUGGGUGGGACGAAUGGUACCAGAACAAUCAAGAUGAGCUUGAAAGUAUUGAAAGAAGCUAUGCUUGUAGUGUGUUGGGAAGACUUAAUCUGAGCAAAACCCAUGAUUCUUCAAGACAGAGACUCUGUAACACACAUGGGAAAAGUUUGACACAAAACUCAGCUUCAAGCAGAAGUUAUUUGAGAAGGAAUUCUGAUAAGUUUCCUGGUUAUGAAGAACCAUAUUUUCUUAAGCAUCAAAGAACUCAUAGCAUAGAAAAAAAUUGUGUGUGUAGUGAAUGUGGGAAAGCUUUUCGUUGUAAGUCACAGCUCAUUGUACAUCUCAGAAUUCAUACAGGAGAGCGGCCUUAUGAAUGCAGUAAAUGUGAAAGAGCCUUCAGUGCCAAGUCAAACCUUAAUGCUCAUCAGAGAGUUCAUACAGGAGAAAAACCCUACUCAUGUAGUGAGUGCGAGAAGGUCUUCUCUUUCAGGUCACAGCUCAUUGUCCAUCAGGAAAUUCACACAGGAGGGAAACCCUAUGGCUGCAGUGAAUGUGGGAAAGCCUACAGUUGGAAAUCACAGCUUCUUUUACACCAGAGAAGUCACACAGGAGUGAAACCCUAUGAAUGCAGUGAAUGUGGGAAAGCCUUUAGUUUGAAGUCUCCAUUCGUUGUACACCAGAGAACGCACACAGGAGUGAAACCACAUAAAUGCAGUGAAUGUGGGAAAGCCUUUAGGAGUAAGUCCUAUCUCCUUGUUCACGUCCGAAUGCAUACAGGAGAAAAACCCUAUCAAUGCAGCGAUUGUGGGAAAGCCUUCAAUAUGAAGACACAACUCAUCGUACAUCAGGGAGUUCACACAGGAAAUAAUCCUUACCAAUGCGGUGAAUGUGGGAAAGCCUUUGGUAGGAAGGAACAGCUCACUGCACAUCUGAGAGCUCAUGCGGGAGAAAAGCCCUAUGGAUGCAGUGAAUGUGGGAAGGCCUUCAGUAGCAAGUCAUACCUUGUUAUCCAUAGGAGAACACACACCGGAGAGAGACCCUAUGAAUGUAGUUUGUGUGAGAGAGCCUUUUGUGGAAAAUCACAGCUGAUUAUACAUCAGAGAACUCAUUCAACGGAGAAACCCUAUGAAUGCAAUGAAUGUGAAAAAGCCUACCCUAGGAAGGCAUCACUUCAAAUACACCAGAAAACUCAUUCGGGAGAGAAACCUUUUAAAUGCAGUGAAUGUGGAAAAGCCUUCACUCAGAAGUCAUCUCUCAGUGAGCAUCAGAGAGUUCACACUGGAGAGAAACCGUGGAAGUGCUCUGAAUGUGGGAAAUCCUUCUGUUGGAAUUCAGGGCUUCGUAUACAUCGCAAGACUCAUAAAUGAGAAAUCGGAAUGAUGCAAUGUGAGAAACUGAUGUUCAGGAGACUUCGGAUAAUAUAGACAGGCUUUACAAGCAGGAGGCCCUAAAACUACAGUCAUGUCAAAAAUCAGAGAGGAGAGAGACCAACCAUAUUUGGGAUGAGUGUAAAAGCUUUCAGAAAUAAGUUGCAAAUCUUUGUAGAUGAAAAUAGUGGAAGGAAUGCAGAGCAAUAAGUGUAUCAGAUGUUGUAGUAUCAUCAUGAAGAUUCAGAGAAUUUACACGAGGAACACCUCAUAAGUUCAGUAAAUUAGGGAAGCAUUUCCCGUUGAAAGUGUGUUCCGUGGAAAGUCACAUUCCAGAUUUGAAGCUGUGUUUUUGUAAAAUAAAAUCUCAUUGUGAACAGUUGACUUUUCAUGGUGGAGUAUAAAGUUGUUUUUUAAAAAAUAUAUAAAUAAAGUAAUGUUCAGGAAAAACAGGGAACAGAUUCUUAAAGUUAAGGGAUAUUUCAUAUGACUUCCCUAAGUUAACACUGAAAAGUAUUUCUAAAAUUUUUAGUAUUUUAUAUUUUAAUGUAACUUGUUCUGUCUAUCUAACUAUAUAUAUAUAUAUAUUUGAUAGUUUGUGGAAUAAUAUCCCCCAGUAUUUUCCAUAUUAAAUGCUAAUUGUCUUUUCUUUUUCAUAAGCAGAUCUGGUGUUUAUUACAGGGCUGCCGCUUAAGAGAACUCAUUGUAAUGAACGUUUAUUAUAUUUUGCAGUUCCGUGCCUGUUGUCCAUUGAUUGACAUGAGCACCCUUGUUUUCUCUGGAGAAAUACCUCCCCUCUCUGGGGUGCUUCCUGUGGUAGUGUCUUUCAGGUAUCCGUUCCACUAGCUACAGGUGAGCAUUUUACCCAUUGUUGGAUAAUGGUAAUCUCUUUUUCAGAAUUUUGAGUCUGUAAUUCAUUCACACGUGAACCAGAAAAUGUGGGAACUCGUUCAGUCUUGUCCCAGAAUUCUGUUGAGAACAUCCAUUCAUUCUGGCUAAUUGAUUACAAGAAUAACUGUGGAUACUAUCCCUUUAGAACCUGCUUCUCUGAUCUUCUGUUGUUUCCUCACUUCUCAAUAAAAAUGUCUUUUACUUUUU